AUGAGGUUCACAUAUGUCGGUGCGGGGAGGGCGGGAGCCAGUCAUGACAUGUCGGUGCCGACAGAGUGUUUGGAGACACCAACUUAUCCGCACCUAGCAGAAGGAAAGUACUAUCUGGUCGACUCGGGAUACGCCGUGAAAAAAGGAUAUUUGGACCCUUAUCGAAAUGCAAGGUACCAUCUUGAUGAGUUCAGGGACAGCGCAGCUCCUACAAGUUAUGAGGAGCAAUUUAACUUCCGCCAUUCAAGUCUGCGCAAUGUCAUCGAAUGGGCAUUUGGGCGACUCAAAGGCAAGUGA